AAUAGAUCAUGGAGUCCAAGACCCUGCUCAAUACUCUGUCACCGCAACUACAGGCCUUGGUGGAGGCCUCCCUAGGGGCCAAGCUACCGUCACCUGCAGCCUCCGAGUCUAGCCAUGAUCCUUCCAAGCCUCAAUCGACCAACACUGACGCAAAAACACAGUCUAAUGCCUCUAGUCCGAUCGUCCUGGACGCCUCUCACCAUGCAGCUAAACUCAAUCCGUCAGAGCUCUUUACAUUUAAACACCCAGACUCUCCUGGCUUCGUGAUAAAGGAGGCAUUCUUAGGUCACCGGGAGGCCUUGGAGGUUAGAGACGCGCUGACGGAGCUAGCAACGAGCGGAACGUUCCAUGACGCGAAGGUCGGCGCUGGUCAAAACUUACGCAACGACCGAGCGGUGCGAGGAGACAGAAUCCACUGGAUCCAGACUCCAAGCGACUUGAACGCUCCAGCACAAAGCAUUCACCCCGCAAUUCUGCAUCUGCGUAGACAAGUGGAGUCGCUCGUGUACGGACUCAGGAAGGCCUCACCCGAGAUGGAUCUGCGCAAUAUCGUGUCGACACAAUUUGCAAUAUUUCCAGGUGAUGGUGCCCGGUUCGUCAAGCACGUGGAUACCUACUCGAACGUACACAAAGAUGAGCGCGGAGGAAUAUCCAAAGACGGUCUUGUUCGUCUCAUCACGUGUGUAUACUACCUGAACGAUCAGUGGGAAAUUGAACAUGGCGGUUAUCUUCGCGUUCACGUCAAGGACUCCAAGCACUUACCGGCUUGCCACUGGGACGUUCCGCCCAAACUUGAUACACUAGUGCUAUUUCGAAGCCGUGAUGUUGAGCAUGAGGUGAUGCCGACGUAUCGUGAGCGUAAAGCGGUGACGAUUUGGUAUUACGGGAAGCCGUCCAAAGCUUCUUCUGCUUUAGCAAGGACUGAGGUCUUGUCCGUACCACGACCACUCCCCUCAAUUACAGGAAACGAGGCAAACCAUACAACACAACCGUCAAUAUUCGUCGCGAUCCCUAGCUACCGCGACUCGGAGUGCAGACAUACAGUCGAUAACUUGCUGGCUCGUGCAACAUUUCCGGAACGGAUUUCUAUCGGCAUUUGCUUACAGACGGACGAGAACGACGGCACUUCUGCGUAUCUAAAGAGCAAGUAUUCUACGAGCAAGGUUUGUGUGCAGUGGGUGGACUAUCGACAAGCUGCAGGUCCGUGUGUGGCUCGUGCACAGGCACAGAAAUUGUGGCAGGGUGAAGAGUUCUAUCUCCAAAUCGACAGCCACAUGCGUUUCCGUCCUGGGUGGGACUGCUUUUUGAUCAGUGAGCUGGGAAAGUGCCCUUCGUCGAAACCAAUCUUGACGACGUAUCCACUUGGCUACACAUUGCCGAAUGAGGUAAUACCCUGUUGAAACUUUCUGAAUUAUUCUUUGUCUGACCAAGCUGAUCAUGUUGCAAGAUUUCGACUGAGUGUCGCCCCACUCUUCUAUGCGCUUCAUCGUUCGACAGCCUUGGAAUGCUUCGUCAAACCAGCAAAAUACUCUCAACAAAAUCGACCAAGCCGCUGCCGUCGCUUUUCUGGGCUGCUGGUUUUGCGUUUUCGUCGUCUAAAGUGAUCGAGCAAGUGCCAUACGAUGCGACUCUACGAUUUUUGUUCUUUGGAGAGGAAUCCUCGAUGACAGCACGACUGUGGACGUCAGGCUGGGACUUCUUCACCCCUUCUGAGACUGUGGUUUAUCACCUCUGGACUCGAGCUUAUCGUCCUGUUUUCCAGGAGUUGGAAAGUGGUGAAACUCAACGCUACCGCUCCGCGUCAGCUCACUACGUCAAGCAGAUACUGCAAAUUGACCAGACUCCUGUAAAUCAAGACGAUACACUUAACGUGGGUAAGUACACAUUAGGAACUGAGCGAAGCUUCGAGAGCUAUCAGAAGCACAUUGGCGUCGAUUUUUUCAGUCAAAACAUCGAGUGGAGAGCUGAGUGGGGCGAUCUUGAUCCGAUCCAGUUUGAUCUGAAGGCCCAUGCAGGCAAAACUCUCCCUCCAACGUAAACGCCAAUUAUUUGGUUGAAUACAAGCACGUGGUCAUCAAGUCGUUCUAAGCAUUAACAUGCUUGCUCUCUAAAA